AUUAAAAUACGGAAGUCAUUUAAGAUAACACAUGGAGUAUGUUAUUUUUAGUCCCUUUGCUCAUUGAAACAGAGAAACACACACGCGAUCAAUCCAUAGUUGAAACAGUUUUGAACUAGCUGCCUUACUUAGUGUUGUGGCAAGGAUAUGUCAGGUACUGAAAGAGAACAAGGGGAGAUUGUCAUGGAGGAUGCUGAAAAGUCCCUGCCAACAGCACAGCAGGAAGAGGCAGUUGUCAAGAAAAAAUAUGGAGGAAUGAUGCCAAAGAAACCACCACUUAUUUCUAAGGAUCAUGAACGGGCCUAUUUUGACUCAGCUGAUUGGGCAUUGGGAAAGCAAGGUGCAGGGAAGCCUAAAGGACCACUUGAGGCUCUCCGGCCAAAGUUACAGCCUACACAACAGCAGACACGUUACCGCAAGUCUCCCUAUGCACCAGCAGAAGGUGAAGAAGGACAUACACCGCCAUCGGAAGAUGCAAGUGCAAAUGAAUGAGAAGCAAAUGCUAAUCCAUCUGGUCGGAAAGUUCCUCCAACAUUACCUGCAUCCCAUCAAUUAGUGAAAUAAAAUGUGAAAACAUGUUAUUCUGAAGAGAUGAAUUGCUUGCUGCUGUAAUUUGAUGCUUUCCUGAUCUGUGACUGCUGUCACACUAUUUUAGCUAUCAAUUCUAAAUUUCUAAA